GCAUGUAGUAGAAGAGCGUUUUCAGCCGACAACAGAUAAUUGGUAUCCCCUCAGAUAAGAAAGCGACACCGAGACAAAACAGUCAGUUGUCUUGUAGGUAAAUCGGAAAGGCAAAAUCAAGAAAGAAUUUGAGAUGAUUGCCUCCACAAAUUUUCGAAAAUCAGUUUUGGUAAUCGUUUGGGCUGUGUUUUCACUGUGUUCUCAUGAAGUUCUGGCCAAGUCUCGAGUCCCAAUCUCUGAGGCAGAGAUUCGCCAAAAGAAAAAUGACUGCUAUGCGGACAUUGAAAGUGGAUUAUGGGGUCAGCAAUGCAAGUCUUCAAUUAUAGCUAAGGAGAAUUGUGCUUUAAGAUGCCUCUCGCCUGUUUGUUAUGAGCUCAUCUACGAGAGUGAUCCAUUGGAAGAAGGGGAGAAAGAUUACUCCCGUAGUUCAGAGUACAAGUACUGCAUGCACAGGGUCUCUCUUGGAGAAAGCCUAGACGGUGUUAAAGGUUCCUUUGGCUAGCAGCUUACAACUUGAAUACAUUGUUGCAUAAUAGGCAGAAAUGUCGGGACGCAAUUUGCCUUCAUACUACCUUAGAACUCGGCCUCAGAUCAACUUAGACAACUAUUUUGAGGAAUGUUCCCCCCUUAAGGCUCAAAGGACCUGAGUUUAUCUUUGAGGUUGUGUCUAUUUGUUUGAUUUUGAUACGUUUCAUCUUUUGUGUUCUCCGUGUUGCACACUAAUGAUUGUAUUUCAAAGAUGUAAAUUGACUAAUCAGAACAGACAGAUUUGUCAGAUAACAACUUCCAUACCA